GUCGCUGUCGCUGCUUGCUAUGCAUGUUAUGCUUCUGAUGCCACUAAACAGCGAGCUUGGAGCAGACAGCUGACCGCGCGGACUACGUUGUCUGGCGGACUAAAGACAUCCACCCACACGCCGCGGAGCACCGAGGGCGAAGCACCAUGGCGACGCAAGGACCGGAGUCGGCCCGCUCUCCGCCCCUCGCUUCCCAACUCGGCUCUCCUCCGUCCGGCCAGAGCCUCAGCAACGGCCCCGCGCCACCCAACCGGGGCUUGGAACGGGCGCUGGAGGAAGCGGCAGUCAGCGGGGCGCUCAAUCUCAGUGCCCGAAAACUCAAGGAGUUCCCCCGGACGGCAGGCAACCACGACCUGAGCGACACGGUGGAGGCAGACUUGUCUAAGAACCGUCUGUCUGACGUCCCCUCGGAGGUCUGCCAUCUGGUCGCCUUGGAGAUGCUAAACCUGUAUCACAACUGCAUCAGGACCAUCCCCGACAGCAUUAUCAGCCUGCAGUCUCUCACCUACUUAAACCUCAGUCGGAACCAGCUGGCCUCGCUGCCGGCUUGCCUGUGCACGUUGCCGCUGCGGGUCCUCAACGCCAGCAACAACAAGCUAGUGAGCCUCCCUGAGAGCGUCGGACAACUGCGCCGCCUCAUGGAGCUCGACAUCAGCUGUAACGAAAUCACUACUCUUCCUCGACACUUCGGCCGUCUGCGAGCGCUACGAGAGCUCAACGUACGGCGGAAUCUCCUCUGCGUCCUUCCGGAAGACCUGGCUGACCUUCCUCUGGUCAAGUUUGACUUCUCCUGCAACAAGGUGUCGACUAUCCCGGUCUGCUACAGGAAGAUGAGGCAGCUGCAGGCCCUCCGGCUGGAGAACAACCCGUUGCAGAGCCCGCCGGCGCAGAUCUGUUUAAAGGGCAAAGUGCACAUCUUCAAGUAUCUCAGCAUGGAGGCAUGUCGCAGUGAGAAGAUGGCCGAUGCUCUCUACCUGCCCGUCAUGGAGCGCCUCAGUCUGUCACGUCCUGUCGUCGGAAGCGUGGAGGACAUGGACCAGCAGAGGAAGCAGGACAGCGACUCGGGAGUUGGCAGUGACAUCGGAGACAAGAGGCUGUCGGCAACGGAGCCGUCAGACGAAGACAGCUUGAGUCUCAACAUCCCCAUGAGUCACAUCACGGAGGAGGACGGACUGAACAAAGACGACUCCAGCGAACACAUCAGCUCUCUGACAGACCCAAACUCGGAGCCGAUCCGCCUGAUCGAGGAGAGCCCCACGGAGGUGCUGAAGGAGCAGUUGGCCUAUCGAGACUCGUCGCUCGGCAGUCGCUUCAUCAGCUACAUCAAGGGGCGGACGGCGGUGGACUUUGAUGAGCCGCUCAGGAUAGACGAGGACUCGCACUGGACAGAGCAGCGUUACAGGCCAAAGGUCACCCAUGACGGUGAGCUCCACAUCGAAAUGAUCAACCAGCUGAAAGAGGCCGUGGAGCUGCUGCAGGAUCCCAGCAGGAUGACCUCGGAGCAAGAAGACCUGUGUGGGGUCCAGCUGUACCCCGUAGAGAUGGUCACGGUGGAGGAGUCGGUCAAUGGGCAGGAUAGUGACGACGGCGCCACGACACCAAAGCGAUGGGACCGCUCUCCCGGUGGAAUGACCGCCGUUUCCAGCCCGCCGUUCGGACUGAAACCUCGCUCAGCCCCGCCCUCGCUGCCUUGCUCGCCCCCUCCCUCUCCCUUCCUUCUCUCGCAGGCCCCGCCCCUCCUCAGAGCUUUAUGCCGUAGCCGUGAUGACGGAGGCGUACUGGACCGCGUGUUCCUGCGGAGCCACAAAAGUCUGGAGUCCGUGGACCCUCAGUUCACCAUGAGGAGGAAGAUGGAGCAACUCCGAGAGGAACUGGAGCUGAUGGAGCAGCUUAGAGAUAGCAUCGAGAGCCGUCUGAAGGUGGUUCUUCCGGAUGACUUGGGCUCCUCGCUGAUGGACGGCGUCGUGCUCUGCCACCUGGCCAAUCACAUCCGGCCGCGUUCUGUGGCCAGCAUCCACGUUCCGUCGCCCGCGGUGCCCAAACUCAGCAUGGCCAAGUGUCGCAGGAACGUGGAGAACUUCCUGGAUGCCUGCAGGAAGAUCGGUGUGCCGGAGUCUUCGCUCUGCUCCCCCUAUGACAUCACCCAGCGCCGCCUGCCUCCGGUGUGCGCCACCGUUGCGACGCUGGUGGGCUUGGACGCCGUCGCGGCGGACGGAAAACGGGAGGAGGGGAUCGCGACUCCGGGUCCCGCCCUCUUCCCACCAGAAGCCCGCCGCUCAUUGGUCUCUGUGACCACUCAGACCCCGCCCCCGACCUGGCAGCCGUGGGACCUCAUUGGCUCCAGCCUGGUUCACGUCCUCUGUCUAUUGCUGCUGUUGGUCGUCUACGUUUGGAGCGAGCUGACGUAACCAUGACGACAGCUUCCCAACGGCCCCUCCCAUUUUUGUACACAGGCUCGUGUGAUUGAACUAGAGCGCCUACACGGUUAUUUCCUUGUAAUUUGGGGGAUCAAACAUGCGUCAAACAACAUGUGAGGUCCGUGCUUACAAACGUAUUUCUCUGCACGUUAAGAGGAGAGUUUCGCACAAGCUGCCUCGUCGCCCUUAGAAGGAGGCGGAGACUUAAAGUGCCUCAACUUGUGCACCUUUACAACAAUUAUACAAUUAUGUUCAUCCUUAUGAUGAAAUAGGAACCAUCGCGCACAAGGGGUAAUAUUUUUUUACAUUUUCCAGCUAGCUUUUUUUUAAUGUUUGAGUAUGUAAUUAUUUUAGUACUUUAAGCAAGUAGUUCCAGUGACGUUGUUAUUUUUGUUCCUAGCAUCUGAUGUUAGCAUCAGAUCUUAGCUUGGUUCUACUAAUAACACUUCUGUGACUUUAAGAGUAGAUAUAAUUCAGUGUUUUGUUUUUACACAUCAUUUCCAUUUUGAACUUUUGGCCCACAAAGUGAAGAAUCUUACCGCCAUGUCUUAACAGCACAACAUUUGGUGUGCUAGCUAACUCGCUAGCGUAAGAAGGGAAUCCAACCCAAUAUGGCCGCCAGGGGAGUGGGUGGGUGAAAAGAAGCCAUAUUCCAAGCGUAUUCCUUCAUCUUUUACGUCACAACAAUGUGAACUUUGUCCUUGAAAACUUGAACUUUGAAUUGCCGGAAUAAGAAUCUAGUCUUGUUAAGUGGUUUAAGCUAAUUUACAAUACGACUGUUUAUUAAGUUUGUUUUACGAAUGUAUAAGAUGUCAGAGUACAAUAGUUAUAUCAUAGUUAGCGAUUUAAGCUAUUGUCUUAAUUUAGUCUUGCUGUGAUUCUCAUGUGUAUGAUGGCAAGAAACAUUUUCUUCUUAGGAGACUAGAUGAUACGCUAGCUGUGCGCUAGCUAAUGUGACGCUUGUCAAGGCUCUUUUGGAGAUGGCGCUAUUAAAGACAAAAGACUUUCAGGGACGUUCUGCCGUGUGCCGUUUUAAAAGCUCUGAAGACAAACAUUAACACGCAAUAAGAGUUCAUUUCAUGUCCGAUUCUGAUUUUUUUUGGUUCAAAUCCAAUUGUUUAUGUGGUUGUUUGCAUUACCAAAAAAAAAUGUGAGUUGUUAUAUCUACAGCACAGGCCUAUUUUCAUGACUGUUUAUAUUGUAGAUUGGUAAUGGUAAUGGUAAUGGUAAUGGUAAUGGUAAUGGUUUGAUUUCAUUUGAACAUGCAUCAGAUUACAAUUGAAUGCAUCCCAUAAUCAGUUCCCAGUUCCACGUGUCCAAAAGGAGUAGGAAGAAGCAAAGCUUAUUAAAUCCUACCCCUCCAUCUGGUACUUUUACAAUCAGUAACUGUUACAUUUGUUCACUUCCUGCUUUCCGAAUAUAGUUUAAGUUUGUUUGUUUUGUUUUGUUUUUUUGUCACGUUCCGAAGUACGAGGUGAUAUGACCAUACAAUAACAUUAUGGGUACCAUGGUAACUGUCAAUAUAGGGAUAUGUAUAGCGCAUGACUCUCACAGUGAUUCUCACAACUAUGAAUGGAAACGUGGAAUUACGUACUUAACAAAAAAGUAAACCUGAAUUUAUUUUUUUCUUAAUUUUUUUUUGCUAGCACUGCAAACCUUCACUGGUCUCUCAAUGAGCAAUUAGAAUAUACACACAAAGUUUAAAAAUGGCUUUAAUUUACAUUUUACACGACGAGUGGUUAGCACACAGGCCUCACAGCCAGGAGACCCGAGUUCAAUUCCACUCUCGGCCAUCUCUGUGUGGAGUUUGCAUGUUGGCACGUGGGUUUUCUCCGGGUACUCUGGUUUCCUCCCACAUUCCAAAAACAUGCUAGGUUAAUUGGCCACUCCAACUAAAUGAAUGUGAGUGUGAAUGGUUGUUUGUCUGUAUGAAUGAGGUUCAAUGCAAAAAGAAGACCACAGAGCGAGGGCAACGAUAGGGAUAGUCCCGCCCUUGAACUGACUCUCCAGCCAAUCAAAAAAUUAAAGCAUUAGCAACUGAACGGACUGAUUUGAGGGUAUUUUAGGGCUUGUUCAUUCUGUGAAAAGAACCAGUUCUUUUGACCCGUUCGUUCAUGACCGACACACCACUACUGCUUAAGAUCCAACAGUCCCAACAUUUUUCCAAUUUUUCCAUCGGUCUUAAAAUUUAGAUGGGAACGUGUGCGGGCACCCUUGAGUGACAUCAUAUCCUGUUGAUAAUACCUUUAUAAUGAUCAUUUAUAGAUCAUUUAUACCUCCUGGGCACUGAGGGACACCAUACAGUAAUAAAUACUAAUAAUGAAAGUAAUGAUUAUUAGUCUGUGCCCCCCCCCUCGUGUU